UCGCACAGACAGACAGAGAGAGAGAGAGAAGUGAACUCUUGUCAUCUAUUGUUUAACUUCCUCAACAACUCUAGUCUCCAGUCUCCACCCUAUCUUGCCUUAAAUAAAAGGGGGUUAAUAAUGUGUGCACCCAAUUCCUGAAACACAAAAACCCACCCACCCAGCCACCAUCAUCAAGCAGCUGCCCUUCCCAAAAGCAAAGCCCAGCUACAGCGACAUUCUCCUUCUAUGUGUGAAAAGCACACUUACUAUAGCUUUGCAACUCCACAACUUUCUGAUCCAUCCUGCCUCCUCCCUUCCCUACACACUAUAUAUAGAUCUAGAGAGAGAUUUAAUACGGUUCCUCGAAAUCUGCUCCCUUCUCCCGGCGGCCACUUUUCACAACUGCUUUUGCCUCCCUAACUGCACCCUGUGUUUUAUUAUUUGUGACUGACUGACUGCUGCCGGGUCGAAACAAUGUUGGAGUACGAAUGGGCGGCGAACCCAUCGGCAAUGAUGCUUGAUCAGGAGGGAUCAGAGGAACCCGCCCCGGCCCAGCCCGACUACCCGACCCGCCAGGUUUUCGACCAUUACUCGGCCGCUGCGCAUCACCACCAGCUGCAGCUUCCACCGCACCCGCCCUCCUCCGCCUUGUUCCCCUGCAGCCAAACCACUUCCUUCUUCGACCCACGUGGCGCCGCCUACCCGCCUCCUCAUCACUCCUUCCUCUCCUUAGACCAGAUCUCCUCCGCCAAUAAUAAUAACCCCUAUUUCCUGGUGCCCAAGUCCGAGGAAGUGGGAGACCCGCAUCAUCUCAGCUUCAGGAUGGGCCUCAAUUUGGGCGGGCGGACCUAUUUCUCCUCGGCGGAAGACGAUUUCGUCAGCCGGCUGUACCGCAGGUCGCUUGAGCCCGGCGGCGGCGGCGGCGGAGCGAGCAACCCUCCCAGGUGCCAGGCGGAGGGUUGCACCGCCGAUCUCACCCACGCCAAGCACUACCACCGCCGCCACAAAGUCUGCGAGUUCCACUCCAAGGCCUCCACGGUGGUCGCCGCCGGCCUCACCCAGCGCUUCUGUCAGCAGUGUAGCAGAUUCCAUGUUCUGACGGAGUUCGACAACGGGAAGCGGAGCUGCAGGAAGAGACUCGCGGAUCACAACCGUCGCAGGCGAAAGUCGCACCAGAACGCCGUUAACACCCUGCAGCAGAGCCAGGAGGCGGCAGCGGCACUCAAGGAAACCGGGCCCGCCGACGACUCUCCUGCUCAUAACCUCACUACUGCAAGUGAGGAUAAUCAUCGGUCGCCGCCGUCGGACUCCGGUGUUCAAUCUUCGUCGUCGGUGACGGUGGCUGUGUCGCCUCCCAGGAUGUUUCUGGACUGCUUCAAGCAAAGGCCGUAUCAUCAAGGCACGGCUGCCUCGUCGUCUUCUUCAGCAUCGUCAAGCUCACUCUUCUUCUUAAGUGGGUGAACUUAUCGAAGCCCACCAAAAUUAAGGACAAGUUUUAUGUCAACCCAACGCAAGCAUCUGUAUUAAUAAUUAUUAUUAUUAUUAUAUUGUUGUGGAAGGCAAUUGGUUUAAUUAUGGUGAAUUAAACAUGCUU